CUGAACUGAGGUUCAAUUCAUGCGUCCGUUUUACAAACACCGCUAUCGUCCGGUUCAGCUGAACCACAAAUUUCCUUAGGUUGGUAGCGCGCACCCGAGAAUCUGACAGUUGAGACCACGUUGGGUCUGUUUUGUUGUCAUUAUUUGUGUACGCCGAUUCGAAGUUGUUUACAUUAUUAUAAAUUAUUUGUGGUAAAUUCUGCAAAGUAAUUAGUUUUCUGCGUUUGUGGGAUGAGUAAUACACGUGCUCCGAAUUUUACAAAAUCCGAAGAAAACCUGCUCCUAUCUUUAGUGAGCAAGUAUAAAAAUAUUCUGGAGUGUAAAUUGUCCAACACUGAUGCAAAUCAAAAAAAAAAUCAGUGUUGGAAGAAAAUUGAAGUAGAGUUCAAUUCUUUAUCUGGCCCGACCUUCCGGGACCACAAAGUUUUGAAAAAAAAGUACGAUAGCAUUAAGAAGAGGACAACGAAAAAAUUUGCUGACGAGAAAGCCUAUGUCGGUGGUACUGGGGGAGGGUCACAACAAAGUAUUGAGGUCACCGAUGUUGAUGUGGCUGUAAAAGAAAUUCUCGGGGCCAGACUAAUGGGGCAUAGCAGCGAAUUUGAUGGCGAUUCCGAAACAACCUCAUUCCAAAGUAACGGCGGGAUAAAUGUUGGUUGUCUCAUCACCACGCCUGCCCAUUUGGAAGAACAAUGUACAUCAAUGUAUAAUCUCUCUGAUGACGAAAAUGAUGAUUGUUUUAUGCCAAAAGAUCAAACUGGAGCAAUGUCGAGAGAAGUGCCUGUUAUGGAUAAAAUAAGUUGUCCCAAUAAAGAAAGUGAAAAUGGUCAAACUGGGAAUUGGGCUAAAUACACCCCCAAAAUGUUGAAGCAAAAAAAAUCUUCAGCACUCACUCCAUAUCAUAGAGGUAAAGGAAACCAGACAAGUGAUAAGUUAGAGCAAUGGGCCGCUGCCAAAGAACUUGUCGAACUAAGUCGAAAGGAAUACAUCCAAAAGGAGCAAGAGUUUAAAUUAAAAGCCAUGAAAGAGAAACAUGAAUUAGAAAUGCAAAUUAUGAGAGACAAAGCUGCAGUUGAAUUAGAAGUAAUCAAGAAAGAACACCAAAUGAAGAUUGAAAUAUUAAUUGCCCAAAAAUUUAAUAUUUUAAAUAAUAAAACUUAAAUAAAUAAUUA